AUGGGUCCAAGGUCCUGCCAGGAGCCUGCUCCAGCGCGGGCUCUCCGCAGGGUCACAGCCUCCUUAGGGUACACCCACCUGCUCCGGUGCGGGGCCCUCCACGGGCUGCGGGUGGAUCUCUGCUCCACCGUGGACUUCCAUGGGCCGCAGGGGCACAGUCUAUUUUUGACUGUUAUACUUGCAAUACCUGAAAACUGUUUUCUCUGGCAGCAAAACUACAGCAAGUUCUCCUGUUUCUGGGAGACAGAGCCCGUAGGCUGUAGGAGGAUAAGCUGUGACUUCUUUCACAGAAAACCUCGUAAUAUAAAUGGACUUUAUUUGCCACCAAGUAACAAUGUCCCAUUAAAACAGGAUAUCCAAGGAGGGAUUCUGUUUCCAGCCCUUCGUCAAGACUCACUCAGAAAUCAAGAGAAUAUUUUAUUACCAAUUCAUCCUCCAUUGAUUAUAAACCUCAGUGAUGAAGAGGAUGAUGAAGAGGACGAUGGAGAUGAAGAGAACAAUGUUUCUAACUUGAGGCCCAAGACUGUUGCAGAUAUUGAAGAGGAAAGAGCAAUAAGGGAUAUAUGCUAUAAAUCUGGAGAGUAUUAUGGGAUUCAGAACCCUCACAAACACCAAUCAACAAAAGCUGUGUCUUCACCUUGGCAAGAUGAGCUACUACCCUUGGAAGCUGCUGAACAAAACUUGCAGAAAGGUGAUGGUAACACAAUUCCUACAAAAUGUAAUAAUGCAAGAAAAGAGAAAGAGAGUUCAGAAAGGAGAGUACCAAUAGAGAGUACUCCCAGAAAGGAUCAUAGAUCCUUUCACAAUGGAGGAGGUGGUGGUCCUGGGACACAGAGGAACACAUUUGUUGAUGGGAACAGAUUUGAGACAUUACCUUGGGAAAAAGAACGAAUUGCAUCCAAGUAUUCCAAUGUGAAAGAGACAAACCACACUGAGCUGGUAAAGAACCAUCGCUGUAAGGAAGUAAAAGAAAAUAAAUGCAUUUCUGAGGAGCCAAGGAAUUCAGCUAAUACAGUAACUGGCAAAGGAAUUCAGACUUUGGACCCUAAAGUAAAACCAAGGUACCAAAAAAGAGGUCAAAGUAAGAAUGAUGAAACUGCUCCUUCCAGUCCUUAUGGGAAAGAAACUGGAAGAUACACUAAUUUAAAUUCUCCAGAACCUCGACGAUCAGCAUAUGUAGUCUAUCGUACAGUCACUCAAAAACCAAAGUUCAAUGGAUCUACAGCAGUACCUGAAUCAUAUGGUCAAAAAUGCUCAAAACAAAAGAAUCAGCCUGACACCAAUAGGAGAUUUUGGACACAAACAGAAAACUAUGGCAAAUAUACUUCAGGAUCUUCUAAUUCACCAGCUUGGAGAAAAAGAAAUCCACAAGCAAAACCCAUCUCUAAGUUUAAAACAACCUCUCAGCAGAGCCAAGAAGAUGUGGAAGGGAAUAGAAAAGGAGAAAAAGAAAAGUCUAAAGGGAAAUAA